CAUUUCCCCCGCAGCAGCCGCCGGGACGAGCGGGCGCGACGGGGCCGCGGCGCCGAGGCACCAUCCAAGGACUCUUGUGGAGCCCACUGGCUGCUUACAGGAGCUGAGCAUAUCUCAAGGUGCCUUUCAAGCAGAGGGAGCAGCACAGGCAGCCUACUCAGGAGCUGACAUGCAGCAGAAGAUCAGCUCUUUCUUUAAUUCCAUCUUGGAGCUCAUCCGUACCAAGCAUGAGGAAGGCAUCUUCAACACUGUCUGCCUGGCCGUCCUGUUGGGCCUACCCUUCGUUGUCCUCAUCGCCUUCAUUUUCAUCUGCUGCCACUGCUGCUUCUGCAGACAGAAGAGAGAAAGCACGAGGAAAGGUAGCCCCAGCAGCAAUGGGCAGCUGCAUGCUGAGAGGAACAAGAAGAAAAAGAAGAAGAAGCAGGAUGAAGAGGACCUGUGGAUCUCGGCUCAGCCCAAGCUGCUCUUGCUGGACAAGAGACCCUCCUUGCCCAUCUAGCAGAUGGGUCCUCUCCUCUGAGAUGCCACCAUUCCUUUCACCUGUGCACCAGAAGGGGAGAGGAGGUACCAAAGCUGCUGCCACUUUAUGGUGACUUUCAACACAGGCUGAGCCCAGCAUGUUGAAGGGCCAACAGAAAACAAGGUGGUUUGGCACAGGUUGUGCAAGCUUCUUCUCCCCCACCAUGACAGCAUGCCCCAGGGCAGAGACCCCUGCAAAGGACAGGUGAGCACACAAGGGUGACAUGCCACCCGGUCCUACGUACCUCCUGCCACGAGCACAGCGCGCACACACAGGGCUGGCACACAGUGAACGGGGUGCGAGGCUCUCCCUCUGCACUCACCUGCAAGCACACACGCUGUGGCACAGACAAGGUUCCCAGGACAACAUUCACCCAAGGACCGAGCCACCUGUACACUCCCCCUGCACAACACAGACAGCUGUGAGUGAAGCAGGCACAGACACACCUCGUUUGCUUGUCCUGCCAUGGAAAUGGCACAGCUUCACUGUCUAGACUUCGUCCAAACCCAGCUCGCUUUGGAGGCACAAAGAAAGCCGAGUUACCCCACAGCUCAAAGAUGUGCCAUCUCCCAGGAACCAAACCAAAGUCACUUGUGAGCCCCUGAAGCUAGAUGCCCUCAGCCCAACCUUAGAGACCUCAGACACCACCCAAAGGCAGCACAGCAGAAGGACACCUUGCCACCUAGGCUAGAGGCAGAAAGGAGAGAGGCAGCUGCCAAACCAGCCCUUUUGCACCAGCACUUAAGAAAACAUCUUCCUGGAAAGACUGUUCUAUACAAACUUGCCAUUAAAGAGCCCACUAUGCUACUGCAAGAGCAGAAACACAACCUGAGGCUGUGUAAAAGCUUUGCUAAGGGCAUUAGAGUUAUUUAUUGAAUGACUACUAAAGAAGAGCAGGACCAAAGGCCCCUCUGGAGCAGGGCCAGGCACAUGGAAGCAGUAUUGAAGCAGCAGUCAGGGUUUCCUGGCACACUCAGCUGUCACCUCUCCCUGCAGCACUUGUGCCACGUGUCAGACACACAGAGACCCAUGAACACAUGCUGCCCCAGCUGAUGCCAGCUCUGUGUGCUGCGCUGAAGGUUUCUGUGUGGCUGUCUGGCUGACCAGCUCUGGGAUUUUGUGCUGUAGAAGCAAAGUAAAUUCCAUGUGCACAGUCACCCCUUACACAGGGAUACAUUAUCCAGCCAGACUAUGCACCUCUCUCCAUCCUUGGAAAGAUGGUUCACCUGGGCACAGCAGCUAACAGGACCACACACAGCUCUCAUCCCUGCUAUGUUUCCCACCUGCCCCACCCUGGCUUCUGUUCCCAUCCUAUGUCCCUUGAGCUGGGAGUCUCCUCUGCUCCCCACUCUCUGCCCCACCAGGCUCUGUCUCCCCCAUCUCUUUUUCCAUUGAGGGAUGCAUGUGUGUGAUGAGAAGCCUCGUCACAUCUGGGUUUUGCCCUGUCUGUACACUGGAUGUCUUCCUUCCAUUUUCUUCCAGUUCUUAAGCUGCUGGAGCAGACCAGAGCUGCCAGCCAGAGCCAGACAUCUGGGGAACAAGCAGUCAAACCCACGUGGGCAAGCCUGGACUGAGCUGCUGGGCACAGCUGCUUCCAGCCUAGGCAAGGGUGAUGCCACCUUCCCCUCACUUGGAGGACAAAUCCACCAGCUGGAAGCAGCUGCUUGUGCCACCCAGUCCCAGCACAGCCUGUUUUGUCUGAUGCAGGCAGGGCUGUGAUGGUCACAUCAUGUCACAGGGUUUGGCUGCAUGCAGCUGUGCUGGGAACAGCUGUAAGGCUGGGCUCCUCCUCAUACAGCCCUUGAAAUUGACCCCAUAUGUGCCUUAUAUUCCAGUUUGCUUUGUCAGCAUUGAAAUUAGUGACUCCAUUCUGCUCCAAAGCAGGAAGCAACAUAAAAUGGUAUAAAAAUUAGGAUUUGCCACAUGUCGUGCUAGGAAACGCAGAAAUAGCUCUGAUCUCUGUCCCAAGCUUCCAGUCUGGCCAAGAUCCUGGAGAACUAGAACUGCACUUGUAUUAUUCCGUCUUCCUUCCCUCCUUUCCCCAUCCAAGUGCUUUUCUCAGCCCUCCUGCCUCCACACUCACCGGGUGGCCAAAGGAGCCCAUGCAGGUGCUGUGAUCCAGAGGCAUCAGCAGCCCUGGAGGCAGGGUGGUGCUGCCUGGAGGAAUCAAAAAAAAUCAGAGUAAAGGGAAACACCAUGGGAGGCCAGAGGCUCAGCCAAACAAGCAGGGGCACAGAGGCAGCAAGCACUGUCAGAGUACAGCCUGCCUGGUGUGGAGAUGGCUUUGCAGGGCUUCCUGCAGGAAGCAUAGCAAGUGACUCUUCGGGUGAGAGCAACCAACUGCUACAAGAACCAGAGAGCUGCCAGGAAAAUGUGAGCAUUAUAUCACAUACAUCUCCAGAUCCAGGCUUUGGGGAGUUCAAAGCUAGGUCUGAAUUUCAAGAGCUCCCUAAAAUCAUCAUUCAAACCAGCCCUGGGCUGGGCAGGGAGGGACCAAGAUACAACCCUGCCCUGAUUCAUCCGACCAGUGGAUGGUCUGAGCCUCCACACUCCCUAAAGCACAGGGGCUUUCUUCCUUGGUGUCCAUUGUUUGAGCCAAACCAUGCACUGAAUUGUCUGCUUCUGAAGGAAAAAGCAAAAGAGCAGCAACAGCCUGAGGUGCACUAGAACCUGUUACCCACCAGCAAAACCCUGCAGCACUCACGUUACCAAGGGGGCAGACGUGCACCAUACAGAAACUCCACUGCAGUCCCUGCUCUCCAAACACCCCAGCCCUGCCUCCCAAAACUGCAUUUCAGUAUCAACCUUCAAUUUUCCUGAACAAGUCUAUGCAACAGGGAACAACAACAAAAAAAAUUUUGUGCAAUUUUUUUUUUAAACCAAAAAUAAAUGACUAUUAAA